UGGCCGUUUCUUAGAACAUGCUCGCACUUGCAUCAUUGCAUUGUUUGCCGUUUUAUGAACGCAGAGUUUGUGAAUUAGGGUUAAUUUGGACACUCUGUAUCACGUUUACAUUGUUGUAGAGCAGCACUCUCAUCUAUGUUUGUUCUGCAUACAUUUAAUUUAAACAUAUGUGUACGAAUUAAUUUUAAUUAUCACUCUGUUUUUCUUCGAUUUUUUAAUUGAACAUUUUAAAAGCAGAAUUUGUGAAUUGCGGUUAAUUUAGGUUGUAGAAUGGAAAAAUUGAUUGUAUGAAUUUGUUGAACAGCCGCCGGCGUUCCCUAAGGAAACACCAGAAACCAUAAAGGAGUAUAUCAAGGAUAAAUAUUUAGUUCCGAGGUUGGACGAAGAUGUUUUUUCUCCGCAAAAUGCUGGCAGACAGUGGGAAUUCGACUGGUUUGACAGAGCUAAAAUUCAGCUGGAGCCAUCAAUGCCACGGUCUGUGGUUGCUCCAUCUUGGGAAAUGCCUUCGAGGCGGAAAGAGUGCGAAUCAGAGCUGAAAAGGUGGGAGCCUGAAUCGUUAGAGGUGGAUGUAUCAGAAAUGGCAACUGGACCUGAGGAUUCUGGUGCUUUGCCACGGAUUACUGGACCUGCAAAGGAUUUUGUGAGAGGAAGUAUCAACAGCCGCCCUUUUCGCCCAGGUGGACUGGGAAAUGCUGAUUCAUCCUCAAAGAUUCUUCCUGACGGUGCUUGCAAUGGUGAAUGGGCCCGUCAGCUUCUGCGUGGUGGUCCUCCACUGACCCUUCCCCCAGGCUUUAAGAAAGGAAUGGAUCUAGGUGAUCUCAAGGCGCAUUCUUUCAGAUGGAAUGUUUAUGAGCAAGAACACGUGGACAAGAGCACGCCGGAUGCGAAGGUGAUCGAGCUAUCAAUGCAAUUCGAUGACUUGUUCAAGAAAGCUUGGGAAGACGAUGUCAUGAAAUUUGUGGGAGAUGGUCAUAUGCCAGAAUCAGAAUCUCCGAUCGCGCCUGUCAAUGAAUCUCUGGAAAUAGACACUGAAGAAGAGUUACAUGCAGUUGAUGAUGUUAUCAUGAAGGAGUCAUCUGUUCUGGAUGAAAUUUUGUCUGUGGAAUCAGUGGAAUCAACACAACCAAGAUUGGAUGUAAAUACAGAAAGUAUUGCACAACUGAAAGAGGGAUGGGCUCUUCGUGGUGGCAAUGAAGAAAUUGCAGAAAGGUUUCACGAACUUGUUCCUGAUAUGGCUCUUGAUUUUCCUUUUGAACUUGAUCCUUUCCAAAAAGAGGCCAUAUUUUAUCUGGAAAAGGGUGAUUCUGUUUUUGUGGCAGCUCAUACGUCAGCCGGAAAGACGGUUGUCGCAGAAUAUGCAUUUGCCCUGGCGACAAAACACUGUACAAGAGCUGUAUAUACUGCUCCUAUUAAGACCAUCAGCAAUCAGAAGUAUAGGGACUUUUGUGGAAAAUUUGAUGUUGGCCUCCUCACUGGUGAUGUUAGCUUGAGGCCUGAGGCCUCUUGUCUAAUAAUGACCACUGAGAUAUUAAGAUCAAUGCUCUACAAGGGGGCUGAUAUCAUACGUGACAUAGAAUGGGUUAUAUUUGAUGAAGUGCAUUAUGUUAAUGAUGCUGAAAGAGGUGUGGUUUGGGAAGAAGUUAUCAUCAUGCUUCCCAGGCAUAUCAACUUUGUGCUACUUUCAGCCACGGUACCAAACACAAUUGAGUUUGCUGAUUGGAUUGGUAGGACAAAGCAGAAGCAAAUUCGUGUUACUGGGACAACAAAAAGACCAGUCCCUCUAGAGCAUUGCCUUUUCUAUUCUGGAGACCUUUAUAAAAUUUGUGAAAAUGAAAAGAUUAUCCCCCACGGGUUAAAAGCUGCCAAAGAUAUGUACAGAAAGAAGAACUCAGCUACAGCAACUGGGACAGGAUCUUACUCUGGGUCUUCAGCAGGCAAUGAAAGGGCCAGGACUAUGAGGCGCGAAAAUUCUUCUCAAGCAAAACAGAAUAAGCAUUCUGGAUCCCAGAAUAUGCAGAACUUCUCUGGGGCUAAUCCGGGGACUCAAACCAAUGGUGGUAACAGUUAUGGCUCGAGGAGAUCAGAAGCUUCUCUAUGGUUAUCGCUUAUCAAUAAGCUUUCAAAGAUAUCCCUCCUACCAGUGGUUAUAUUCUGCUUUUCAAAGAACCGCUGUGAUAGAUCAGCUGACAACUUGACUGGAACUGACCUCACUAGUAGCUCAGAGAAAAGUGAAAUUCGGGUAUUUUGUGAUAAAGCAUUUUCAAGGCUAAAAGGAUCAGACAGAAAUCUGCCGCAGGUUGUUAGAGUUCAAGGACUUCUUCGGAGAGGAAUUGGUGUACACCAUGCAGGACUACUUCCAAUUGUCAAGGAAGUUGUUGAAAUGCUUUUCUGUCGUGGGGUUGUGAAGAUUCUCUUUUCAACAGAGACAUUUGCCAUGGGAGUCAAUGCUCCAGCCAGGACGGUUGUGUUUGAUACUUUAAGGAAAUUUGAUGGCAAGGAAUUUCGACAAUUACUUCCUGGAGAAUAUACUCAAAUGGCCGGUCGUGCCGGCAGGAGAGGACUUGAUAAAAUUGGUACGGUUGUUGUGCUAUGCCGUGAUGAAAUUCCUGAAGAGAAGGAUCUGAAGCAUGUUAUAGUUGGUAGUGCAACUAGGCUUGAAUCUCAGUUUCGACUCACCUAUAUCAUGAUCUUGCAUCUGCUUCGCGUCGAAGAAUUAAAGGUGGAAGACAUGCUGAAAAGAAGUUUUGCUGAAUUUCAUGCUCAGAAGAAACUUCCAGAGCAGCAACAACUUCUAAUGCGAAAGCUUGCUCAACCUACCAAAAUUAUUGAAUGCAUAAAGGGUGAACCGGCGAUAGAGGAAUAUUAUGAGAUGUACUCGGAGGCUGAACGGUAUAGCAACAUGAUUACAGAGGCAGUCAUGCUGUCUCCAGUUUCCCAACAACAUCUUCAACCGGGAAGGGUGGUAGUGGUGAAAUCACAAUUGGAUCAAGACCAUUUACUGGGUGUGGUCGUGAAAGCACCUUCAGCUAAUUCUAAGCAAUACAUAGUCUUAUUGCUGACUCCUAAAUUGCCUUCAAUCUUAAAAGCUCCAUCAGGUAGCGAAGAGAAAAAAGGUACUGAUCUCCAAGUAUUAGUACCAAAGUCAAAACGUGGUUUGGAAGACGAUUAUUAUUCUUCAGUCUCAUCUCGUAAGGGAACUGGAGUUGUUAACGUAAAACUACCUCACUUUGGUUCUGCUGCUGGAGUGAACUAUGAGGUUAGAGGGGUUCAGAAUAAUGAUUUCUUAUCCAUAUGCGUUGCAAAAAUAAAGAUCAACCAAGUUGGACUUCUUGAAGAUGUUAGUGCUGGUGCGUAUUCAAAUACAGUGCAGCAGCUUUUGGCUCUGAGCUCAAAUGGAAACAAGUAUCCUCCAGCUUUGGAUCCGGUGAAAGAUUUGAAGCUGAAAGACAUGAAAGUUGUCGAAGAUUACUAUAAAUGGACUAACUUGUUGCAUAAGAUGGCACAAAAUAAGUGUCAUGGUUGCGUCAAACUGGAAGAGCACAUUAAAUUAGCACAGGAGUUAAAGGGACACCGAGAGGAAGUGAAUGCUCUUAAAUUUCAAAUGUCGGAUGAAGCACUUCAGCAGAUGCCUGACUUUCAGGGUCGGAUUGAUGUUUUGAAGGAAAUUGGAUGUAUAGAUAGUGAUCUCGUAGUACAAAUUAAAGGUCGUGUUGCAUGUGAAAUGAAUUCUGGGGAGGAGUUGAUAUGCACAGAGUGCUUAUUUGAGAAUCAACUGAAUGACCUGGAACCAGAAGAAGCUGUCGCAAUUAUGUCAGCCUUUGUCUUUCAGCAGAAAAAGACUUCUGAACCUUCUCUUACACCAAAGCUUUCUCAAGCUAAGAAGAGAUUAUAUGAUACGGCUAUAAGACUUGGAGAGCUUCAGGCAAAAUUUAACGUGCAGGUUGAUCCUCAGGAAUAUGCACAGGAGAAUCUUAAGUUUGGUCUAGUUGAAGUUGUAUAUGAAUGGGCAAAGGGCACCCCGUUUGCAGAUAUUUGUGAACUUACUGAUGUUCCUGAAGGCAUGAUCGUUAGGACAAUAGUGAGGUUAGAUGAAACAUGCCGUGAAUUUAGAAAUGCAGCUGCAAUUAUGGGCAACUCUGCACUUCACAAGAAAAUGGAAAUGGCUUCGAAUGCAAUAAAGAGGGAUAUAGUCUUUGCCGCGAGCUUGUACAUUACAGGAAUUUAGUCUCUGUCCUCUGAAUUUGAUUCGCGACAAUUCUAACAUAAUCGUUGUACACUAUGGAAGGACCGUUUUAAAUUGAUAUCGGGGUGAAACUUAUUUUACCAUGUAGAAAGAUUUCGAUUUCAGAGAAUAUGAAAUAUGCAUUUAUAGG